AUGUUUAAUAAAGAUAAUUACCACUGGACACAGGACGACUACACAAAAGAAGGACUUGAAAUUAUGGCCAAAUCACUACAGAAAGAAGGCAUUACACUGGCGGAUGAAGGCUCAAGCAUCUACCUUACACAGAGAAUGGGAAAGAAACACACUAGGUACGAAGUAACAAUAACCAUGUCCAAGGACGACAACGUGCUUUCUGUCACAGGAUACUCGGGAGUGUCAAGUGAAGAAGACAUCCAUGAGUCGCCCUUGAAAAAGCCGUUCAUCGCAGCAGUAAAAAGAAUGGAGGAAGAGCUCGUGAAAGAAAGAGUGGAAGAAAAAAAGAAGGAGGAAAUAAUAGAAACAAAGGCAAUAAACAUUCCAGCAACAGAAAAAAAAGUGAAAACGGAAACAUUGAAAAAAACAGUGCACUUUACAAGCCCAAGAGACCAUAUAAAUAACAUACUCUUCCAGUCGAACAUGAUUCAAGCAUGCAAUGGGUCGGUCUCCCUGUCACAGAACCCUCUUACCAUAAAACACACGGCAAUAACUCUGACAGAAAACAUAGCAGAAGAGAAAAAAGAGACAAAAGACAUAGUGAAAGUGUUUGCAGUUGAAAUGGACGGUAAAAAGUUCAGUGUGCAAAUGGCUCUGCAGGACAGAGGCCAGGGCACAGCACUGAAGAUAGAAUCAUCCAGCAUUCCAUCGAACUACUCGAGCAAGUUUGUCUCGUACUUAGAGAACAUAAUACUGCAGCCCAUACAAACAUCUCUGCGAAUACCGUACAGAAUGGAGUAG